AUGGAGGACAAUAUGGAUCCAGUACAGGCGUGUCUUCUCCAGGAAGACAAUCCAUGUGAAGAUUUUAUAGAAACUCGAGCGUACCAGAAAGCAAGAGACGUUUUAAUAAAAAAGAAGUACGUUUUUAUAAAAGGAAACCCAGGAGAUGGUAAAACGACAAUAGCAAAACAUCUCUUGAAAGAACUGAAAACAUCUUAUGAAAAACGUGAGAAGGUUGUCACGGGUCUUAAGGAAUUGUGUGGAAAACAUGAUCAAACCAAAGAUACUAUUCUACUAGAUGAAGGAAUCACUCCCGACGCUAAAACCUGUUUUUGUGCAAUACAAACUGGGAACAAAAAUUUAGUGGUGAAUUUAAUCAACUCGGGACUUGAUCUAUUGGAGAUUUUUGAAUCUCGCCACCCAAUUUAUAACAAUCAUCCUGUUUCUAUAUUAGCUGAAUCUUGUUUAUGGGAGCGACUAGAAUUGAUAUCUUUUAUAUUGGAAAAAUGCCCUGCUCUUAGCAAAAUGAAAAAUAAACGUGGCCACUCUACCAUUCAUUUUGUUGCCUUUGCAGGUGCAACAGAUGCCCUUAAAGCACUUAUAACCGACCAUAAAUGUGAUCCAUACCUUAAGUCUGAUAAAGGGGACUCAAUUUUACAUUGUGCAUGUGAGAAUGGAAAACUUGAAACGGCAAAGUACAUUAUAAGUAAAUACCCUGACCUGUUAAAUGAAGAACACAACCUAUUCAGUACUGGUUCAAUUUUGCAUAUGGUUGCUUUUGGGGGCAACGUUAAAUUGUUUCAAAUUUUAAAAAAUCAAAGGCUGACUAUUCUACCUCAGACAGGCGAGACUGUUUUACACAGUGCCUGUCUUCAUGGCAGAUUUGAGAUGAGUAAGAUCCUUAUUGAAAGAUUUCCAUAUUUACUGACUCUCAAAGACUUUAGUGGGAAAAGUGUCUUACAUAAAUCUGCUUUAGGAGGAAACAUUGAAUUGCUAAAGUAUCUGUUAGAUAAAAGAUUAGACAGCAAUGAAAAAGAAAUUCAAAUUAUAUUCCUAUCAGAGAAAGGCUUAGAUAUCAAACGUACUAAGAAAGAGUUAGAUAUCAAAAGCACGACAAAUGACGGAAAGACUGUAUUACAUCAAUGUUGUAUGAAUGGUCAAAUAGACAUGUGUAAAUACUCGGUCAGCACAUAUCCUUGUUUACUCGAUGGCACUGACAAUGAUGGUUGGAAUGUCUUACAUGAUGCAGCCUGGGGUGGUGACAUUGAUAUUCUUAAGUUCCUCUUAGAUAAAGGCUUAGAUAUCAAAAGUACUAGAAAUGACAGGAAAACUGUGCUACAUCUGUGUUGUUUGAACAAUAAGAUAGACAAUUGCAAAUACUUGGUCAACACAUAUCCUUUUUUACUUGAUGUCACAGACAAUAAUUGUGAGAAUACCUUACAUGAUGCAGCCUGGGAUGGUGACAUUCAAAUACUGUAA